CCUGCAGGACACCGGCCCUCCAGGCGUUGCUAUGGCAGGAACGCCUCUUUGUUCCAGAGUAUGAAGUGUGGGCUUUGUGUCAGCAAAUUCAGUGAAUAUUUGUUGCAUCGUUUGCAUCGUUCUGCUCGGAGCUGGAGCUGCUUCACUCGAUCGACUCUCCUUUGCUAAAUGUCGCUACGUGUCCAGGAUGUACCCCGCCUCUCGCCCUGUCACAGCUGGGGAGGCUCCAGCCGCCUCACAACCCUGGAACUGAACAAGCAGGAGAAAAUGGAUGGAGGUUUGGAAUUCUGCAGACUCGUGAUGGCUGUCCUGUCACUAGCUUUACUACUUGUAGGACUUGUACUGACUUCAGCUGCUAAGGCUGGUGAAGUAGAUAGAGAGGAGCAGUUGAAGAGCCGGCUGAAAGAAUACGGCCUGGUCACCCCCUUCAGCACCGACUCCCACGGACACUACCUGUCACACCUGCUCUCCGCCACUCACAAGCAGCGUGUUAAGAGGGAGGUGCUUGAAAACGGUGAAACUGAACAGAGGCUUUUCUUCAACAUCACUGCCUUUGGAAAGGAGUUUCACCUUCGUCUGCGGCCGAACAGCAGGCUGGUGGCGCCUGGCGCGAUGGUGGAGUGGCACGACGAGGUCCCGGGAUUCGGAAACGGCGGUGCUGGCAACGAUUCUAGCGUGGGCGCCAACCAGACUGAAUCCACCAAUGGCACGGAGAGGAUACUGCGCCGUGAGCUGCUCAAGACAGACUGCACCUUUACCGGUGACAUCACAGACGUCCCCGGGGCCUCGGUUGCCAUUAACAACUGCGAUGGGCUGGCUGGGAUGAUUCGCACAGAAUCGGAUGAGUACUUCAUCGAGCCGCUGGAGAAAGGCACUCAGGAGCUGGAGGACCAGGGCAGGGUCCACGUGGUUUACCGCCGGUCAGCUCUGCUGCAGACUCCCUUGGACAUCUCUGUGGAUUACCAGCUACAAGAACCGGAGCUCGAUGUUCCCGGGACCCUUGACUCAGUAACCCGACAGGUAAAUGAGACGGUCCAGCGCCGCAGACGGAGGGACGCUGGGGAGGACGACUACAACAUCGAAAUCCUGCUGGGAGUCGAUGACUCAGUGGUCCGAUUUCACGGCAAGGAGCAUGUGCAGAAUUACCUCCUCACGCUGAUGAACAUAGUGAAUGAGAUUUACCAUGACGAGUCUCUGGGAGUCCACAUCAACGUGGUCCUGGUCAGGAUGAUUAUGCUGGGGUAUGCCAAGUCCAUCAGCCUCAUUGAGAGAGGCAACCCAUCGCGGAGCCUGGAGAACGUGUGCCGCUGGGCCUUUGUGCAGCAGAAAGGCGAUCCUGAUCACGCCGAACACCACGACCACGCAAUUUUCCUCACUCGCCAAGGCUUCGGCCCCACAGGGAUGCAGGGUUACGCUCCGGUCACAGGAAUGUGCCACCCAGUCCGGAGCUGCACCCUGAACCACGAAGACGGCUUCUCCUCCGCCUUUGUUGUGGCUCAUGAGACCGGACACGUGUUGGGCAUGGAGCACGAUGGCCAAGGCAACCGCUGUGGGGACGAAACGGCGAUGGGAAGCGUGAUGGCCCCGCUGGUGCAGGCGGCCUUCCAUCGAUACCACUGGUCAAUGUGCAGCGGGCAGGAGCUGAAGCGAUACAUCCACACGUAUGAUUGUCUCCUGGAUGACCCCUUCAAACACGACUGGCCGGAGCUUCCUGAACUUCCUGGCAUCAACUACUCGAUGGACGAGCAGUGUCGAUUUGACUUUGGGGUCGGCUACAAGAUCUGCACUUCCUUUCGCACAUUUGACCCGUGUAAACAGCUGUGGUGCAGUCACCCAGACAACCCCUACUUCUGUAAAACCAAGAAGGGGCCACCUCUCGAUGGGACCGAGUGUGCACCUGGAAAAUGGUGCUACAAAGGUCACUGCAUGUGGAAAAACCCUAAUCAGGUCAAGCAAGAUGGUGCCUGGGGCUCCUGGAGCAAAUAUGGUUCCUGCUCACGCUCCUGUGGAACUGGAGUUCGAUUCCGGACUCGUCAGUGCGCCAACCCUGCCCCAUCGAACGGCGGCCAGGACUGCCCAGGAGUAAACUACGAGUACCAGUUGUGCAAUACAGACGACUGCCCCAGGCACUUUGAAGAUUUCAGAGCUCAGCAGUGCCAGCUCCGCAACUCCCACUUUGAAUUCCAAAAUGCCAAACACCACUGGCUGCCCUACGAGCAUCCUGAUGCAAACAGGAGAUGCCACUUGUAUUGCCAGUCCAAGGAGACAGAAGAUGUGGCAUACAUGAAGGUACUGGUGCAUGAUGGGACACGAUGUUCUUACAAGGACGCCUACAGCAUCUGUGUGCGUGGAGAGUGUGUGAAAGUUGGCUGUGACAGAGAAAUUGGCUCUAGCAAAGUUGAGGACAGAUGUGGGGUUUGUGGUGGAGACAAUUCUCACUGCCGCACCGUCAAAGGAACCUUCACCCGGACGCCGAAGAAAGCUGGUUACCUUAAGAUGUUUCUCAUUCCUCCUGGAGCUAGACAUGUGAUCAUCCAAGAACAUGAGGCCUCCCCUCACAUUCUUGCAAUCAAGAACCAGGCGACGGGGCAUUACAUCCUCAACGGCAAAGGAGAGGAGGUCAAGUCCAGAAGCUUCAUCGACUUAGGCGCUGAGUGGCAUUACAUCAUUGAGGGCGACGUGGAGACGCUGCAGACAGACGGCCCUCUGCACGACCCCGUGGUGGUGCUGAUUAUACCGAAGGACAAUGAGACACGCUCGACUUUGAUGUAUAAGUACGUCAUCCAUGAAGAUUCGGUGCCCAUCAACAAUAACAAUGUCAUCCAGGAGGAGACCUAUGAGUGGGCUCUGAAGAGCUGGUCUCCGUGUUCCAAGCCAUGUGCUGGAGGGUUUCAGUACACCAAGUAUGGAUGUCGGAAAAAGGGAGACACCAAGAUGGUUCAUCGAGGCUACUGCGAUGCUGGCAAGAGGCCCAAACCCAUCCGAAGAAUGUGUAACCUUCAGGACUGCACACAGCCUCAGUGGAGCUCAGAAGAAUGGGAGCACUGUACCAAAACCUGCGGCAGCCUAGGCUUUCAGAUCCGAACCGUUCGCUGCGUACAGUUCCUGCAUGAUGGCACGAACCGCUCCAUCCACAGCAAAUACUGCAGCGGCGAGAAGCCCGAGAGUCGAAGGCCCUGUAACAAAGUACCGUGUCCUGCCCAGUGGAGGACCGGAGCCUGGUCAGAGUGUUCUGUGACGUGUGGAGAGGGGAUAGAAAGGCGUUUGAUCACCUGCCGGAUUGGAGAUCAGUGUAAUGGAGAAAAGCCCGAAAACGUGAGGCCAUGCAAACCUGGACCCUGCCACGAUGAGCCGUGUAAUGGGGACAAAUCCAUCUUCUGCCAAAUGGAGGUAUUAGCGAGAUACUGCUCUAUUCCAGGCUACAACAAGCUGUGCUGCGACUCCUGCAGUAAGCGCACCGGAGCCCUGUCUAUGUUCUCGGAGGCGGCCGAGACCGAGGAAAACGUUCGCUUCGGAUCAGCCUCGCAGCUCCUCGAGACAUUAACGGCCGCAGUAGCGGCCAAUGGCACUCGCGGUGGGAAACAAGGCACGGGCAAAGGAUCCGCCACAUCGGGCGGUGCAGCAAAACACAUCACCACGCCUGCUCCAGUUAAGAAAAUCCCAUCAAAGAUCACUACAGCACCGAGGCGGGUUCCACGACAUGCAGACCUCACUGGCAGGAAGCUGUCGACCCAGGCUGGUCCUACUCAGGGUCAAAGGUCAAGCAGUUUGAUGGACAGUUGGCAGCCUGUGGCAUAUUCUGAAGUGGAGCGAUGAAAGUCACAGCUUUUCCCUUUAGGACUCGUAAUGUACAGUAGAUAAUCCAGCUUCAUCCUGAGUCUUCUCACACCAGAAAACACUACAGAGAGAGAAAGAAAAGUGCUGGUUCACUUUGUAAGAAUUUGACCCCGAUACGGACUCUAGAUAUCUCUUUAACCACCUGCAGUGAGCUUCCAGAUUACUGAGGCUGAAACAGCCGUGCUACUUUGCCCUCAUACUUCUAUAUUAAUAUGAAACAAAUAUGAAAUCAUUUCAAGGUGUAGGUGCAUGUGAGCCACAGGGAGUUUUCUUCCGUGUCAAAUGAAAAGCUAAAUGAAGUUCAUAGUGAAUAGUUUCAGGGAUACAAAACAGCCAAAGGACAGUUCAGUAUUCAAAAGAUGUUUGUUGCUCUGACUCAUAUAUUCCCGAUGUCUGACAUUUAUUUCAUUUUAUCACCUUGUUCACUUGUUCAGGCAAAUAUUUCUCUAAUGUCACCUGCACAGUGAAAACUGAGAGAACAGGUGGAGGAACAUGUCUGCAUUCCCCCUCCGGCCUGAGCUGUCGCCUGGUCUCGUUACUGAAUAAACCAGGCCCCUGUUGCCUGCAGAGCAGCUAUGCUGCUGCAGAUAUCCAGAGAGAAAAUGUCAGCAGGUGCAGAGACCAGAGCUAAUUCAGCUGUGUAGAUUUAGUAGAACUCAUAGAGUAUGGAAAUAGAUGCAAGAAUUGGUUUAAAUGCCUCUUGUAUUUCAGUUCAUUUGAAAAGUGACUCCACUAAAGGCCAUGUUUGCCACAUUGGUUCUUUUUGGAUAAAUCUCAGCUUUACGAUGCGUUUUAAUUGAUUGCAUCCAUAUCCUAUCCCUACAUUGUGACCUUUGAGGUAGAUGUCAGAGUUCGGUAUCAUUUUAAAAUUAAAAAUAAUCAAAGCCAGAACAUCUGAUACAGCUGAGAAUUCCCACUACUUGAAUGUUACAAACUGCCAGUUUUCUUGCCAGAAAUCUAACUCUAAGCUCGACUUACAGAAAGUUCAGCUGUCAAAGUAUUCAGUGAAAAAUGAUUUACCGUACUUUAAGUGAACAUGUGAAUACCAGAGAUAAAUUUCCCCAACACACUAUUUAUAAAGCUUCCUGUAAAUGCUGUACAUGAAAAUAUCAGUAUUAUUUUAAGAAAGUGGGAUGCUUUCAAAUACAUUUUUAACCAGUUCUACCAGAUGUUGGUGCCAGUGUUUACCCUUCCAGGGACGGUGCUGUUCACAUGGGUAGAAAGGGAUUAUUGACUGAUUAUUGAUAUAGCUUUCCUUUCAGAAUGCCAUGAACUUAAAGAAAAGUCAAAGUGCAGAGAGAUGAGCUGUUUGAUACCCUUCUGAUAUUUGCAUUGUAGGAGCAGUUAAGUUAGUUUUUCAUAAACACUGAAAACAUGGGAAAAAGCUAACCGGCUCUGUCCAAAGAAAACACCACCUAUCAGCACCGAUGAAGUAUUCAUCCUGUUUCUGUGUUUAGUUUCUCAAGUACAGAAACAACUUUGUUACCUUUAGACAGAGCUUACUUUUUGCUACCAGUCACUAAGCUGCACCAAGCUGGCUGCUUUUCAUAUUUAGCUUUGUUCCAUGUUUUUUCUCUUCUUCUCAGAAAUACUUAAGGGCAAAGAAGGAACUAACUAAAGAGCAUGCGCCGCUCAGCGUUGUAUGUCAUAUAAAGUAGACCAUACAGCACUCAGGUCAAAGGACCAAAAUCAUUCAUAAUACAUGUAAAAUGUGUUUUUACUUUAGCCUCACUUUUACGGUGACUUUUUGUUAACCCACUCGCCUCUUUAAUAGGUACACCUGUGAAAAGAAAUGCAAUCCGAUAUCAGCACACCGCCAUAAAUCCUUGUCCUAUGAAGCUUUCUGUUUGUGUUUGUUAUUGAGGUCGUAGAGGGCAGUGAUGUGGGAGGGAAGGGAGGCAGUUUAUGUAGCCUACACAUCCUCGCUGCCUGAAACCUCCAUAAUCAGGUAAAAUUAUAAAAACCUUUGGGGAAUGUCAGCAAAGAGUGAAAAUCUAAAUGAUGAAUUGUUAGCAGAACUGCUGCGUUAGAUUGCAUUUACAUUCACAGGUGAGCCUAAUAACUAAAGCUGCAUUAGUUGACUUUUGACCACUAGGGACCAGACAGACAAAAACAAAUACAGCAAUGCAGACAUUAUCUUUAACUUUUAGACACAUUACAUAGUGAAUUCUGCCCGUGCAAUGAAGUCCAACUUAUUUUAGCUCAGGAGUCCCCGCCAUCUCUCACUUUCUUCACCACCCAGCUGUUUGUUCCAGCUGUGCUUUUAGCUUUUUCACGAAGAGCUAAAACAAUGUAGUCUGUGAGUACUGAGCUUGGAAAAUUGAUCAACCCUUUCACAGUCUGCCAAUAUAGAGCCAUGUCAUUCAGUUUUAAUAUAAAAAUUGCUUAAUGGCCCUUGGAGCUCGUUACAUCCUUUCAUGAUUAGCCUGAACAAGGUUCUCUGGUACGUUUUAUGUUUGCAGGAACAAAGCUUUGUUGUAAGGACAAUAAGCUGGAAUUUAGAAAAAAGACUCUUACUGUAUGUGGAACAUAUUUUUUUCCAAAGUAUUCUCUAAAUGGCUUUUUUAUUAAGGUGGAAAAAGGUUUUGGAGACAGAAAGCUAUUUAUUUAAAAGAGGAUUUCCUUGCAACCACCAUGCAUCUGACUGCAAUAGCAAAAGGCACAGAUUUGUGUUUUCAGCAAAGAAAUAGCUUGCAACUAUCCACACUCAGUCCUGUGUGCCAAUGUAUAGAACAUGUAUAUAGCAUUGAGUGCAUAAAUAUUUAUUGAAAGUUAAAGGGUUCUGCUUUGUUGUCACAGCGAGUGCAGCAGCCGGCCGAUAAGCUGCAUUGGAUAAACCAUUGAAAACUGAUCACCUCUUUCUCCGGUCAUAUUUUCGCAUUGGAAGCAGAUGUGUGCUUUUUAACAAACACAGUAGACUAGAAAUGACAUUGUUUUUUGCAAACAAUUAGAUGUAAAUAUACAUGCUCAAUUUUGAGAUGUUUUAUUUGUCAGAAAGCUGUUUUUUCACAGCUGUUUUGUAGAAGUCUUUAUCCAAGUCGUUGCAACACAGCAGCGUGAACUGACCAGACAGAUGCUUUAUUUUAACCAAUAAAACAUGAAUAGCGUAGUACCAGUAAAGCUGUUUUAUGCUGUUUGUAGUUGGCAGUAUUUUCAUUUUUCUCCCCAGUUCUUUUCACAUCAUUUACUUGCUGCCUAUAAACACUGCUGCUAACGCUAUAGAGAGCUUGUAAUGAUAAAUAGGGUAGCCGUAGAUGUUACUUUGACAAUCCCUGAGCCUCAGACAGCUGUUAUUGCAUAGGAUUUUCCAUGUACUGUAUCAAUACCCCUGUGCUGUCCAUGCAUUGAAGUAUUGGAUUGUCAUGAACGCAAGUCACUCUCUGUUCUAUUUGCUUUACUAUGUAUUUGCGUAGAUUGAAGUGUACACUACUGAUGCUGUUUGUUGUAAUGGGGAGCACAUAGCAA